AUGGAAGCAUCUUCUGCUCGGGCAGCGGCCCGCGAUCGCUGGACUGAAUUCGGCCGGCCAACCUCCCAGCUGCUGCGGUUCAUCCAAGCCGCCUGCAGCCCCGAAAACUACGAGCCCAACCUUGCCCUAAGCCUCGAGAUCGCUGACCUUAUCAACAACAAGAAGGGCACUGCUCCCCGCGAGGCCGCCACUGCCAUCGUCAGCUAUAUUAAUCAUCGCAACCCCAACGUCGCUCUUCUUGCCCUCAACCUCCUCGAUAUUUGCGUUAAGAACUGCGGGUACCCCUUCCACCUCCAGAUCAGCACCAAAGAGUUUCUCAAUGAGCUCGUCCGGAGAUUCCCAGAGCGACCUCCGAUCCGACCGACCAGAGUGCAAGCCAAGAUUCUUGAAGAAAUUGAAGAAUGGCGCCUCACUAUAUGUGAUACCAGCAGGUAUAAGGAGGAUCUCGGGUUUAUCAGAGACAUGCACCGACUGUUGAGCUACAAAGGGUAUUCUUUCCCUGAAGUCCGACGAGAAGAUGCGGCCGUCCUCAACCCAAGCGACAAUUUGAAAUCUGCUGAGGAGAUGGAAGAAGAAGAGAAGGAAGCACAGUCAGCCAAAUUACAAGAACUCAUUCGUCGCGGGACCCCUCAAGACCUCCAAGAGGCAAAUCGACUCAUGAAGGUCAUGGCCGGUUACGAUCAACGAUCAAAGACCGACUAUCGAGCAAAGGCAGCCGAGGAAAUUAGCAAAAUUCAGGCCAAGGCCAGGCUCUUGGAGGAGCGACUGGAAGCUUUCAACCCUGGUGAUACAAUGAAGGAUGGUGAUGUCUUCGAGGAAUUGGCAAGCUCACUACAGAGCGCACAGCCCAAAAUUCAGAGAAUGUGUGAGGAAGAAUCAGAUGAUCACGAAGCUGUGGCCAAGCUUUUCGAAAUCAACGACAGCAUACACCGCACUGUCGAACGUUAUAAGCUGAUGAAGAAGGGUGAUAUGGAGGGUGCUUCUAAAAUCACAGCCGGUGGCCUGCCAUCUUCCAAGGCCGGCGGCGCUGCUGCUGAGCUAUCAUUAAUCGACUUCGACGCUGAUGCCGAUGCAAACGGAGGUGGUGAUACCAGUCAAGCACCAUCUCAAUCAAGUGGGCUGGAAAAUGACCUUCUGGGUCUAGAUAUCGGAGGAUCAUCCAGCAGCUUUGGUCAAGGCGGUGGCAUAGCGCUGGGCUUUGGAGCAAACCAAAAUAUCCCGGGUCCUGCUCUACUAUCUUCGUUGACAGAAAACAGCUCUGCCAAGGGACCUUCAUCCACCCCUACACCACCCCCAAACCGAUAUUCGAACUACGCCUCUGGCUCCGGGUCACAAUCCAUAACCCCUCAGUCCCUAGGACAGCAGCAGUCCGCGUUUGCGCCACCGCAACCCGCUGCAAGUGACCCCUUUGCUAUGCUCAGCGGCUCGCGCCCAUCAUCGGUGCAGCCCACAUUUACCGCAGCCCCCCCGGCGCAACCCGCUGCAGCAACCGAAGAUGAAUGGAGCUUCGCCUCGGCACUUCCCCAGGAGGCUGCCAAGCCAAGAGAGCACCAGGCCACCAUUAGCAACACGAGUGUGCGUGUUGACUUCAAGGCCGGCCGAUCCUCUGCUGCGCCGAAUGCCAUGGCCUUAAUUUUCGCUUUUACAAACAACACCGCCUCAAACAUUACAGAUUUACAUUUCCAGCUCGCAGUUACAAAGAGUUUUGAACUCGCCCUCAAACCACAGACAGGCCGCUCUCUUACACCGAAACAAAGCCGAGGAAUCACCCAAGAGGUUGGCAUCUGGCACGCCGGAAACCGGGCUCUCAAGGUCGAGUCCGCCAAGCUGCGUUGGCGUUUGACCUACAAGGUGGGCGAGGAGGUUAAGAACGAGAUGGGUGAGGUCCCAGAGUUUAGCAUUGCCUAG